GGCUGGAUUUCGACGAUCGGUCGACGGCUCGGGACAACAGUCAGUCGUUUGGUGGCUGCCGAGUUGACCGGGUGUCGUUCAGCUAGACCAGAGAGCCGCGCCUGCCGGUUCUGACCCUCUCCCUCUCUUUCUUUUCUUCGAAGUAACCUUCGUUUCUCGUCUGUGUCUACUAUACACGUUGUUCACACGCGCCUGUCCGUUUUAUCCUCUUCAAUUUUUCUUUUUCUCCCUCUGUUUCUCUACGAGAGUAUACAGUGUUCGCCCGAAGGGACCAUGAAGGGUGCCACGACCACCGUAACCAGUCUUCUUAUUUUGCUCGCAGCGAUCCAAGCUGCCAUGUGCGAUGUAUCCACAGACCCGAAGAGUUUCUUUCCCAUCGAUAACAACCUGACAAAAAUCGUAUGGGCCCAUGCCGUGAACAGCCAGGCUGAACUCGCGCAGGCACUUGAAUCAGCCGAUAUCAUGAUGUUGGAGGCUGACGUGGUGAUGGGAAAAAUGAAAAAUAACACAAACAGCAGUCAGUUGAUUCCAAUAAUGGCUCAUCCACCAGCCAACGUUAGCGAUCUGUCGCUGGAUGACUUCCUCAAGACCGUGAUUGAAAAGAAGAACGCGACCAAGGGCAUCAAGUUAGACUUCAAGACCAUCGAGGCCUUCAACGCGAGCAAAGCUAUCCUGGAUACUGUUCGCAAUAACUUGAAGUUCCCCGUGUUCAUUAACGCGGAUAUAAUUGCUGGACCGGUAAACGCAACUACUGUCCCAGUGGAUGCCAAGUCGUUCCUUUCUUUAGCAAAAACGAUCGGUAACUGUACACUGUCCAUUGGUUGGACUACCAGGUACGGAGAGAAGGACACGAUCACCGAUGGUUGGUACACCGAAGAGCAAGUGCAGAAAAUGAUCGACGUUCUGAAAGAACAGAAUCCAACUCAGCCGAUAACUUAUCCCGUAAGAGCCGGUCCAGCCGCGAACAACAUCACCGUGAUCAAAUAUCUGAUGGAGAAGAGUGCCAACAUCAGCAACGACGUAACCUUGACCGUUUGGUCGAGCGAGGGCGACGCGGUGAACGCCAAACAGUUAUCCACCCUGAUCAAGGACAUCGGUGUCGAUAAAGUGUACGUAGAUGUACCUGAGGAUUUGAUGAAGAACCUCAAUUUCUCGGCAGCGUCCAGGAUCGGCAUCGCCUCGAUGACGAUCGCGGCAUCCUUCGUCACCCUCUUCGUCUCGACGGUCAUGUGAAAAGCUUCAAUCGUAUUUUCGUAAACGUUGACGACGCAAGACAGAGAGAGUGCGAGAGAGUGGAGAUCGAUGGGAUGAGAUUAAAAUUUAAAAAAAAAAAAAAAAAAUAAAAGAAUAGAAAAAGCAUUCUCAAUGUGUAACGAUCGUCUCGAUCGGAUCUUCUCGCUAGUGUCACGAUCAUGAUCGAUGUACUUUUUAGCGUGUAAGCUUAUUCGCAAAAGUUUUUUCUAAGUAUUUUAAGGGAGCUUUCUUAGGAUACGAUUCCUCGCGCCUGACGGAGGAGCCUGCUUUACACUUGGACCAUGUAUGUAUUAUUUUUUUUUUCAAUUCUCAAAGACAGCUACCUAUGUGUAUUUUUUUUGUGUUUUUUUUUUUUUUUUUUUUUUGGAAUCGAACGAUUCGGUACGAUUAACCUCCGUCAGUUCGAUUUUGAACUCGAGUAUGAUAAAAUAGAGUAAGAUAUAACAUACUAUUAAAACGAAACGAACUCUUCGAUAGAUCGAUGUUAACGCGUUACCGUCACCGCGUUAUCAAAUUUGAUGCAGCUUUGUUGUAAAUUUUAAAUAUCUCAAAAACGUAGAAAUACGGAAGAGAACGGUGACGUGUUUAAAAUUCAUCGAUCGUUCGACUUGGAAUUUACUAAAACAAUUUACUUAUAUAUUUUCAUGUAUACUUUAAUGCUAGAACAACCGCCGUUCGACAUAUAUACAUUUCUGAAUUGAAAAUAAAUAAACAGUGAAUGUGAAAUAAGUUGGUACACGCAAUGAUCCCUUAUCUCGACAAAAGCAGUUUAAUUUUGCAGAAGAAAUCGGAAAUGUAUGAUUGCGACAGGCUAGGUUGUUCUAGCGUUAAAAUAUGGAUUGUUUGAUAGUUGCAACGAUAUUGCGAGGAGAAUGCAAAUGUGAAAAAUUCCAGUUCUGGCACCCGUAUCGUACCCCUCUUGCACCGAUUCUAUUUUGUACGACACCAUGUCUAAAAAAGAAAGCUACUCAUAGCGUGUGUUAUAUCGUACCUUUUUAGUGUUCACCGACGUAUCUCCUGUACCUGCCUUUAACAUAUCUCAGACAACAUAGGUGCAGAACAAAGCGGUAUUAGAUUCUUACGUAAGCCAGUAACGUUGUAUGUAUAUCUGUAAGCCAAAGGAUCGCGAAUGCGUAAUACGGUGCCGCGCCGGUGCACCACGUUUGAUAACGAAACAAUAAAGCCAAAUGUGCAAAAACUAA